AUGAGUAAUCAAGUAAAUGAUAUAUCUUAUGUAUCGUUAAUACAAGUAAACAUAGUACUUAACAAGAACAUCAUAUUGUGGCUAGGUUCAGCAACUCCACGAGCACUCCGCGAUAUUGAUCUGGCUCAAGACUCGGUGGUGAAGAUCUUCUCCUUUUCAAGAGAGCCAAAUGUUGUUCAACCUUGGCAAACAACUGAGAAAGAAUACUCAAGCUCUGGAUUUGCAAUCUCCGGGAGGAGGAUUCUUACAAACGCUCAUGUUGUGGGUGAUCACUCAUACCUGCAAGUGAGAAAACAUGGUUCACCCACUAAGUACAAAGCAGAAGUUAAAGCGUUUGGGAUAUUUGGAGCUCGGAGAUAUACCUUUAUUGGUGAAACUAUCUACGCUUUAGGUUAUCCUCGUGAUGGUGAUAUCAUAUCUGUCACAAAAGGUAUUGUAACGAGAGUUGAACCUCAAAAGUAUGCUCACAGCUCCAUUGAAAUAUUAACGAUACAAACAGAUGCGUGUAUUAACGGUGGAAAGAGUGGUGGUCCAGUGGUCAUGGGCAACAAAGUUGCUGGUGUGGUAUUUGAAAAUGAUUCUCCUUCUGACAAGUGA